CUGUACGAAAUAGUUUUAAACGAAUCCCCAGUAGCCAGGAACCUGAAAAAAUAAUGAUGGUAUAAUUUCGCGGUAUCUGUGUACCACAGUGAGCUAUUACGUAUUAACAGUACCAUUUAUACAGGUUGUAAAGAAAAUUACUUAACUUGUUCAUUCUAUACUAUCUUUUUGCAGAUGAUGUAUGUAAAAAAAGGUGGGCAAACAUACGGGACCAGUUCAAAAAACAUAGAAACAAACGUAAAACCAAGAGUGGACAGGGUGCUGUGGCAAUAAAAAAAUAUAAAUAUGAAGAGAGCUUGAAUUUUUUACUGCCUCAUAUACAGGAUCGAAAUACAAUAACAAGUAUCGAGUCUGAGAACGAAGAGACGCAAAACGAAACGGUUACUACGCCCAACGAAACAAUUAACACCGAUGAACAGCAGCAGCAGGAAGAUCGCUCACCAGCUAUUAGUGAACCAAAUUUUACGCCACCUGCUGAUCCGAAUCCAUAUCCCCCGUCAACUGCACAAUUCACUCGUUCCGGCAACCGCAAUCGCAAUGCAACCGUUGCAACUGCACACAAUCGCCGUCGUAUAGUGCCACAAUCCCAGUCCUCUGCGUCAAGCGCAUUAAUGGAAUACAUUCUAAAAAAUAAAGAAAAGUCCAACACACAAGACAUUCAUCCUAUUGAUGCUUUCUUCAACGGUUUGGCAGCCACCAUAAAAUCUUUUUCCCCUUACUAUCAGCAUUUUGCAAAAGGAAGAAUAUUUGCAGUAGUACAAGAUUUGGAGUGGGAGCAAUUGUCAUCAGAGCCUUCUUCUUACACAUCUCCAAUGAGUGGAACAACGUCAGCGUCGUCUACUAAUUCAAGGUCGGUGUAUGCACCGGUUCCGAUGACUACACCAACGCCAACACCGGAAUCAACGCCUACGGAACCUACGCCUUCGGAACCUUCGCCUUCGGAACUUACGCCUUUGGAAUCUAAUAAUUUGUCUACUUUAUUUUCAGAGUUCACGGCAGACUAAUGAAAUGAAUAAAUACUAUGCGAAUUAUUUAAAUUUUUACUUUUUUUCAUUCACAAUGCAAUUUUGAUUAUUGAAAAAUUGAAAAUGAAGUAUUUAGAAAAACUCUUACAACCAGCUCUGAUAGAUGGCUGUGAGACGGGUCAAUUUGUAAUACUACAUUUUUAAAUACUAUGUGAUUUAGUGCAUAUCAAUUUAUUAUUUACCUGAUGCAGACUGCUAAUCGUUCGAUGGGAGAUAUAGGCUUUUGAAAUCUUGUAAUUUUUUUGGUUAGGUCUGGUUUUACUUUUUCAAGUAAAAAAGUAAAGCAUUCUUUAGACAUUCUAAAAUAACCAUAAAACUUGCUCUCAUCAUCUAUUAAUUCUUUGUAAAGUAAAGCAAAUUCUCCUUCUGCUUCUCGCUUUCUCCAGGUUGGAUGUACACCCCAUCUUCUUUUAGUAGUUUCGCUUCGUUUUUCCAAUACUUCAUCAUCGAUGGCAAUUGCAAUAGCUGCCAAUUCAAAUUGUGAAAAUUGCAUAUUUAUGUAAGCGUGAAGUCUAUCGACAGAUGAAAUCACUAGCUGACAAAAACCACAUAACACAGAGUCGUGCAUAAGCCACGGUCGUGCAAACAGCCCGGUGUAACAUGAAUGACUGGCCCGGCCAGCGCACGGUGGACGUGUCCCGGCCGGGCACGGCCCGGUGGCGACACGUUGUAGCGUGAAUCAUCCUUAAGCCAUAUCUAUUUAUUAUAUAUCACAUCUAUUUUAAUUGGACUGUAAUUAUUGCCAUAUAUAUUUCUGUUUUAAUAUAAGGAAGAAAUAUUUCGCAUAAUAAUUAAAAUUUUAGUUAAUAAUAGUAAGUGAAGAAACAAAGCGAGGAGCAAUAAAGAUUAAUGAGGAACGCGAAAAGAACGGAUUGCGACCACUUGAUGUGUAUGUAAUAGGAUUGGCAGCAGAUGUCACUCCCCAACGAUCAGCAGAAGAAGAAAGUAAGAUCAGCUCCAGUAAUCAAAGAAUGAGAUUGCUUGGAACUGUGCUGCGGGAACCCGUGGUAAGUAAAAUGUUAUAAAACAUUAAUAUAAGAAGUAUCUUUCUCUCUCUUUCUCAAUCUCUUUAAAAAUCUCUCUCUCUCUCUCUCUUUAUGUCUUGCAUUAUAAAAAUGCACUCCAUAUUAAAGAAAAAAAUUCUUUGUUAUUCCAUGUUCGAUUUUAAGAAGUGAAUAGGACUAUAGUUAUUGGUUGUAGCAGUUUUUUAUACAAUUUUCUUACGUUCUGACUUUUUUUUAGUAAAUAUAUAUUCUUACAGCCAAAUCCCAAUAUUCCCCGUCGCCCAUAUGUGAUAGGAUUAGCUGGUGGAAUUGCAAGCGGAAAGAGUAAUAUAGCUGAGAAAUUAAAAUCAAAAGGCGCAGCAAUUGUAAAUUGUGAUAUAAUCGCACACGAACUGUACAAGCCCGGACUACCGCUCAACCAAACUCUGUCCGAAGUUUUCGGCGGACAUAUUAUAACGGACAAUGGCGAAGUCGAUAGAAGGAAAUUGGGGCAGAUCGUCUUUAGUGAUAAGGAUCAAUUAGAAAAAUUGAACCAAAUAGUAUGGCCCGCUGUAAUAGAGGAGGCACAAAGACGAAUUAAGGCAUUAGGUGAAGAGGGCUAUAAAGUUGUGGUGAUGGAAGCGGCUGUGAUGGUGAGGGCCAAGUGGUAUAAAUACUGUCACCAGCUGUGGUCAGUUAUAAUACCACCUAAUGAGGCUGUCAAGAGACUUCAAGAACGUAACAAUCUAUCGGAAGAUGAAGCUAGAAAGCGUGUAGAAGUGCAGCCAUCAAACCUUGAACAAGUGGCCGCAGCCAACAUUGUGUUCAGUCCGUAUUGGAGUUAUGAGUACACACAGUCACAGAUCGAUAAGGCCUGGGAUCAUUUGCAACAGUAUCUCUACAACGACACAUCUAAAUGAUGUUAAAGAAUUUAUUUAAGACAAUAUUGUAAUCAGAUCAGUUCUAAGAUUCAAAUUCAUGUCGAGGAACGCAACACACUCAUGGGUUUGUUUCAUUACAAAAAUUUUAUAUUUACUUAGUAAAUAUUGCAUAGUUUACUAUGAAUAAGAUAAAGAUUCUGGUAAUGGUUAUGUAUAAAUAUAUAUCGGUUCGGAUAUACGUGAUCUUGUAUGCACUAUAUAGUUUAAUGAUCUGCGGGCCUAUGUCAGUUAUUCUUCUGGAUAUCUUCGUAAAGGGUUCUACAACGUAGAUAAACUCUUACUAUAUAUGACGCAAGCCGUAUUUUGCUUUUAACUGCAUAUUUAUAUUUAACACAGAUAUCUAAUACAUAAAAUAUAAAAUAAACGCUUUUUGCCUUAACAUACACUUCUCAGACUAUUGAAAAAGGAACAUUUGAAAUUACACAAAAUUCACAGCUCAUUCGGUCAAUCUGUGAGCAAUUAAUUGUUGCCAAAUAAUUUAAUAUGAUUUAAAAUUCUUUGGCGACAAUCUCUACUGUAUGCGUCUGUUUGACCACAGACUAUUAAGUAUCUCACCUUAGAGUAAUACCAUUCAUGGUACUUUGAGACAUAGGCAGUAUGAACGACAAUAAUAGACAAUAAUUCGUCGUUUAUAGUAGAAUAUUAAGUUUAUAAAUUGGCAACACCUAAGAAAAAUGUCGGGCACGCAUGUUUUCGUUCCAAAAACAACGUAACGUGCAUGCCAUACACAUUGUUUGUGUUUUUAGUUUAAUUUUUUACUUUAUUACAGUUCUGUUUCUCCAUUAUUGCGUUGAGUGAAAAUCUUAGUGGCCUUGUCCAGACUAAAUAAAACUAUCGCUUCGCGCGAGUGUCCGUAUUACUUUGCAUCUUUUCCCCUUCCUACGUCAUUAAUCAUAACGGAUCGCGGUUACUUAUGGCUGACAAUAAAGAGUAAAAAAAUACAUUGACAAAUGGUAAGUAACAUAUAUAUUAGGUAACAUACCUAUUCUGACUAUAAUCGACUGACCGUAUUGUCGCUACUAUGCGAGUUCUGUGACGCCCAACGCAUGCAACUUGCAAGCCAUUGGUCGCGAAUAGGUAGUGUAUACAACAAAUAAACCCGAAAUAGAUUCUUAACGGAAAUAUGAUCGUAUUCUACUUAGUUUAAAAUCUUGUAAACAAAGUAUUUUGUGUUAUUAUAACUUAAAAUAUUUUAAUUAUACAAGACAGUUAGUAUAGGUAUGUAUGUAGGUUUAGUAAGGUAGUAAGUACUUCGAUAGUGAAGUAAAUUUCAACUAAGUUCUAUUAUUGGGCAGUUAGGUACUUCUGUAGUUAAGUAAAUACUUUAUUCUUUUUUCGCUACAGAAAUACAUAGUAGUAGUUUAUGUAUAGAUUUGUACACAUUCCGUACUAUUUCGUGGUUGACUAUACCUACCUACUACUUUAAGUACUGAUGUCAAUACUUAAUAAUUUAAAUUAUUAGGUGCUGAUUAUUAUAUAAUAUAUUAUAUAAAUUAUUAAGUACUGAUGUCAGUAAUUAAUAAUUUCAUGUAACUAAGUAGAAACUACGUUUUGCCAUUAUAAUUCAUCAAAUACUUAGAUAGGUAAUAUACAUAUUUUUUUAAAGUACAUUAAAACUUUUUCAACUAUUUUAUCUUACAAUGAAAUAUACUAAAAAAACAAAAACUGUUUCAACAAGUAUUUAAUAAAAACUAAUUACGUAAACAGUGUUAAAAAUAAGAUAAAAUUCAUUUGCCUGGAACGCGUUAGCCCCGACUGAGUAUCUAACAUGAGGUCCGGUCCUGCGCAAUAUGGAGUUCGACGGGAAAUUAUUACGUUUAAUAAUGUUUUGUGUAAUAUAAUUUUAUAAUUAAAAUUUAUACAGCGUUUUAAGAAGAUGAAUCAAAUGUAAUGACCAAAGUAUGGUUACUUAAGCUAUAUUUAAUAAGAUUUAUCAAUUGUUUUAUAAUUUUUCCUAGAAUUGUUUACAAAUAUCGUGUAAGUGUUAUGUAUUGAAAUAAAUAUUUUUGACAU